AAAAUGCUGUAAUUGUUAUUGUUAGCUUGUUAGCUAGCAGACGAACCGCUGAAAUGGCGAUAUGACUGAGUAAUAACGGCUUAUUACAUAUGCACCACUAAGUUAUAACUAAUCCUAAAGUGACCAAAAAAGACACAAGUGAAGGUUCCUCGGUGAACAGAGAUGGAGGACGGUAACAGGAGUGAUGGAGCUUCCACAUCAAAGAGCCAUGUAGGCUCUUUUCACCUGCAGACUCCAAAAAGUGAGGACACUUAUGAAAUUACCAUUCCCUUUGAAGAAAACAACUUUGAGCAGCAGGGAUUCUUCAACCAGAGCGAUCAGAACUUUGACGAACCAGCCUCGAGUGCAGGCCCACCUACAGUCAGCAACUCAUACAUGGUGAUCAACAACCUGCGGACCCAGCUCCAGAUCUCUGUGGAGAAAAACUCGUGGCUGCAGAAAAGAAUUGAGGAUCUGGAGGAGGAGCGGGACUUCCUGCGGUGCCAGCUGGACCGCUUCAUCUUUUCCACGAAGAGCCAGGGACCGGAACAGGGUCAGAGUCAGUACAGUAACGGAUAUGAAUCUAGACGAUUCAACUGGAGGGCAAGAAGAGAGGAAGACCGUCCUGCUGAACAGCAGAAGGCAGACCAACAGCAUUUCCCUCAGCGCCAGUUUGUCCAGCGAAGGCCAUGUCCUCCCACUAUGGUGCCUUCCAAAAACCACAUCUCUAAUCCAAUGUCCUCUCAGCUCUCUAAUAUGAAUGCUUUGUACAACACAACACAAUCGCAGGCCCUUUUGCAAGGCCACAGUCAACAGGCAAGUUCAACAGGCAGUGGAAGCAACAGCAAACACAGCAAUGCUGCAAGAUCAUCCUUAAACCAACUGAGUGGACGCAAUGGCCCAGAUUCGCUCUCACUGCUGGGAGAAUCGGAUGAGUUCUUGGAGGAGGAUGGCUUCAUCGAGGAGGACGAAGGGGAUGAUGUAAUGUCAGAGGCAAUUAGCACCAACAGGCAGCAGUUAAAGAGGAGACGAGUCCUCCGAGCGCCACGAGAGCGACAGAGAGUGAAAGACGCUGCAGGAGUGCUUUUUCGCUAUAAGAAGAUUCUCCUUACGUACCAGCGCCUCAAAAACAUGACCAAGGCCUUCCAAAUCCAUGGUGUUGACCGCAACACCGUGGCCUCCACCACACCCAUUGCUGAGCUGCAUCUCGUGGCCCCCGAGAAAGUGGCCGAAGUGGGAGAGUUUGACUCCUCCAAGGAGAAGCUGCUGGAUUACGCCCGACGCUGCUACCUCGCCCUGGACGAAGAGACGCUCAGCAGAGUGCAGGCGUUGAAGAAAAAUAACCUCCUGCUGCCCAUCUCGUACCGAUUCAGGCACGAGAUGAGCUGAUUAAUGUCAGUUCUAUUGUGGAGGUAGAGACAAGGGGAUUCUUUUGAAAUGAAAAUAAUUGUUUCUGCAAUCACAGAGGACUGUAAUUAUGGUAGUUCUUUAGUCAUUUGUUCUUCAUUUAUGCUUUGCAAAGACAUUUUUUUAUCCUGACGUGGAUCUGCUGGAGGGCAGGAGUCCAAACACUACUGUAGAUGACUGCAGCUUGUUAAAUAUCCAAAUUUAUAUAACUUUAUUUGUAUUCUGCUUUGACACAAUCCCAUAAGGGUAUAAACUUCCAGUGUAUUUUUAAUUUUUAUUUUAAGUUUUGACUCAUUUUUGGAAUACUUUGAACAAAUUAUGACCAUUUCAGGAUACCGUACUUUUCAUUGCUUUAUUUUUACUGUGGCUAUAUUUAGUGUCAUUUUUAUUUGCCUUAAUGCAUUUUUAUAUGAUCCACAUUUAGAAAAGCUCCAUAUUUUGCUGCAGACCUCCAUAUUUAAAAACAAGGAGAACAAUCAUUAAAUGACAAUUAGAAAAAGACGUAGGUAUGAAAGGAUAGGUUAGGUCUCGAACCUUUGGCGCCAGGGCACCAUAUAUCAAUCAAUAACUCACUGGUUUUAUACCUAACAUAGCAUUUUGUCUCAGAAAUGUUGGUCGUUUUUAUUUAUUCUUACUAAUGGGAACACCAGUUGCACCUCUGCCUAGUUUUAAUGCUGCAUUUCUUUCUUUCUUCAAAGGACUCUAAGCAACUUUUGUAUAUGACUUCUACUAUGUUGCUAUAAAUGUAACCUCCUACGCUUCUGAUAUUAGGAAUCUUGUAUUGUAUUGUGAAGUUUUAUAUAUUGUGGAUCUGAGCAAUUUCACUACAUAACACUAUAGAUUUUUUGUAAUACUGUGUAGGUUUCGGUUACUUGUAAAAAAAAAAAAUUGUGAAAACAGCUAAAAAUCAUCAGCAGAAACAGAGGAACUGUUCUCCACAACGUGUGCAUGUAAAAAGAGCGUUUGUGAUCUGUUGUGCGGUCUUCAAAUUUGAAGGGAGCUGAUUGUAAUUUGCUAUGAAAUGCAACUAUUUUGGCAGUGAAGGCAAUUAUUUUGGAUUUUGUUCUACAGCAGAAUAAUAUUGUGUAACCAUGAGUCCAUGAGUAAACAGUUCAAGAGCAAUAAGGGAGCUGCAAAGUUAACUGAGAUUCCUGCCAGUUCACACAUUUCCACCUGGAACAGUUUCUACUUGCAGCAUGAGUCAAAUGACAGUAAAGCAUUUGAAUUCGUAUAAAAAUGCAACAUUUUAUUCUCUAACCUUCAAGAACAAAUCUCUCCGAUGAGUGCUGAUGAUUCAUUAAGAAAUUGUGUUAAUAGAAGUGAAAUAAACUUUGUUUUUCCCUCA